AUGGCGGAAGACGCAGAGAGCGAUAUUGCUAUUCGUUUUGUCGACGAAAACGACUACAGAGAGAUUUUUGCUAAAGCUGUGUCAGCAAAACGGAAAUUAAAAAAGAAUCGCCCUUCCUGGCUUGUUUCUAGCUGAGAGUUCUAGCGAAGAAGAUGAAAAAGUCAGUGCAAGCGAGGAGGAAGCUGUAACCGAAACGGAGAGUGCCAAUGAAAUACAAGAAAACAAAGAAAGCUCCUAUUCCGAUGAUAGUUCAGCAGAUAAAGCGAGGAAAAGUGCAGGGAAGCCUAAACCUGCGCCUUCGAGUUCGACCGUCACCAAAUCAAGGAAAAGGGCGCCGAAGAAAUUCAAUAAACGGAACAAGAGUCUUUCGGAAGAGCAGAUGGAGCGAUUCCCUUUUCCCAGG